GGGGCGGUGGAGGUACCGCUGGAGUGGACGUCUGAGAAAGAGAGAGGAAGGGGGUUGAUGCCUCUCCGUCACACCGGCUGUGCUUGGGGGCGGUUAGUCGUUGACCGGACGUGAACUUCUCGUCAGCUUCCCCUCGGGUCCACUUGACUCAGGGAGGGGGCUAAAACAAGGAAGUGGACGCGGCGGGGACACUUUUGACGACCUUUUUUGGGGGAGCGAAAGAACAAUGCUGUGCAGCGGCGCAAUCUGAAGUUGACCCAGUGUGGAAACACGACAUGUAUUCCUUCAGGGUUGGAAUUUUGCUGUCCUGACACGGGACAGCCCUGAGCCAGAGUUCUCUCACUUCUACCUCUCUGUUGAGGCAGUGGCUCACACAAACGCCUAAAAUUUGACAAUCACAACUCAUCACAACCUGGACAUGUUACACACGUGAUGUCCGAAACCUGUGACGGACGGCGACUGGAUGGCGGCGACGGUCUGAAGCGGGGCAGCAAAAACGUUGCCGCCUUGGCUUCUGAAGAUGACGAGCCCGACUUGCAGCCGAUGGAGGCGGACGUGAAGAUCGACAUGUUCCCAGAAGAAGACAUGGAGGACGAAGACGACGAGUCUCCAUCCGAGCGACAGAUCGUAGUAGGAAUUUGCUGCAUGAUGAAGAAGUCCAAGUCCAAACCCAUGACACACAUUCUUGAGCGCCUCUGCAAGUUUGACUACAUCGAGGUGGUCAUCUUUCCCGAGGAUGUCAUUUUGGAGGAGCCUGUGGACAAAUGGCCGCUGUGCGACUGCCUCAUCUCUUUCCACUCCAAAGGUUUCCCACUGGACAAAGCUGUGGAAUAUGCCAAGCUCAGGAAUCCACUGCUUAUCAAUGACCUCAACAUGCAGUAUUUUAUACAAGACAGGAGGGAAGUGUACCGCAUCCUUCAAGAAGAGGGCAUCGACCUACCUCGAUACGCCGUUCUGAACCGGGACCCUGACAACCCCGAAGAGUGCAACCUUGUGGAAGGGGAGGAUCAUGUGGAAGUGAACGGGGAGGUGUUCCCUAAACCUUUUGUAGAGAAGCCAGUCUGCGCAGAGGACCACAAUGUCUACAUCUACUACCCGACAUCAGCAGGUGGCGGCAGUCAGAGACUGUUUAGAAAGAUCGGGAGUCGUAGCAGCGUGUACUCACCGGAAACUAGUGUUCGCAAGACUGGGUCUUACAUAUACGAGGAGUUCAUGCCGACAGACGGUACUGACGUGAAGGUGUACACGGUGGGUCCAGACUACGCCCACGCAGAGGCCCGGAAGUCUCCUGCGCUGGACGGGAAAGUGGAGCGAGACAGCGAAGGGAAGGAGAUUCGCUACCCUGUCAUGCUGACCGCUAUGGAGAAGCUGGUUGCUCGAAAAGUCUGCCUAGCCUUCAAGCAAACAGUGUGCGGCUUCGACCUUCUCCGAGCCAAUGGCCACUCGUUUGUCUGCGACGUCAACGGUUUCAGCUUCGUCAAGAACUCCAUGAAGUACUACGACGACUGUGCCAAAGUGUUGGGCUUUGCAGUUGAGCUCCUUUUUGAUUUAUCACGACCACACUGCAAGUACCCUCGUAAACGUGACCACGACAUCCACGGUAGUGAAAAUGGAAACCGUCACAUGUUAAAGGACUUCCUUAGGAACAUGGUGAUGAGAGAGUUAGCCCCCCAAUUCCACAUUCCCUGGUCCAUCCCGAUGGAGGCCGAAGAUAUUCCCAUUGUUCCAACAACCUCAGGAACCAUGAUGGAGCUGCGCUGUGUUAUCGCCAUUAUUCGCCAUGGAGACCGCACACCAAAGCAGAAAAUGAAAAUGGAGGUUCGACAUCCUCUAUUCUUUGAAUUGUUUGAAAAGUGCGGAGGCUACAAGUCAGGAAAGCUAAAGCUGAAAAAACCAAAGCAACUUCAGGAAGUUCUGGACAUCGCUCGCUUGCUGCUACUUGAACUUGGCCAACAUAAUGACUGUGAGAUAGAGGAGAAGAAGUCUAAACUGGAGCAACUCAAGACCGUCUUGGAAAUGGAAUCCAGCUUGAUUGACACUCAGUACGGUCACUUCUCAGGUAUCAACAGAAAAGUCCAGUUGACGUAUUUGCGUAACGGGCAACCAAAAGCCUCUAGUGAAGAGGAAGACUCCAAGAGGGAGGGUCCGUCUCUGCUGCUGGUCCUAAAGUGGGGCGGCGAGCUGACGCCGGCCGGCCGGGUUCAGGCCGAAGAACUGGGCCGAGCCUUUCGCUGCAUGUACCCUGGAGGCCAAGGCGACUAUGCCGGCUUCCCCGGAUGCGGCCUCCUCCGCCUGCACAGCACGUACCGCCACGACCUUAAGAUCUACGCCUCCGAUGAAGGACGGGUGCAGAUGACGGCCGCGGCGUUCGCCAAGGGCCUUCUUGCUCUGGAAGGUGAGCUCACUCCAAUCCUGGUGCAAAUGGUGAAGAGCGCCAACAUGAACGGGCUGCUCGACAGUGACAGCGACUCUUUAACCGACUGCCAGCAAAAAGUGAAAGCGAGGUUACACGAGAUCAUGCAAAAGGACCAGGAGUUCUCACUAGAGGACUAUCAGAAGCUAGCGCCGACAGGCAGCCCGUCACUGGUCAACUCGAUGAAAAUUAUACAGAAUCCAGUCAAAACCUGCGACAAAGUGUACGCUCUCAUCCAGAGCCUUACUUCACAAAUUAGAAAACGACUUGAGGAUCCCAAGUCUUCAGAUCUGCAACUGUACCACAGCGAGACCUUGGAGCUAAUGCUCCAGCGCUGGUCUAAACUGGAGAGAGAUUUCCGCAUGAAAAGCGGGCGCUACGACAUCAGCAAGAUCCCGGACAUCUACGACUGCAUCAAAUACGAUACGCAGCACAACUCUUCAUUGGACCUGAAUGACACGCUGGAGCUAUUCCGGCUCUCUCGCGCUUUGGCUGACAUCGUCAUACCGCAGGAAUAUGGAAUCAGCAAAGCAGAAAAGCUGGACAUUGCUCAGGCGUACUGCGUGCCGCUAAUGAAGAAGAUCCAGCUGGACCUGCAGAGGACGCACGAAGACGAGGCUGUCAACAAGCUGCACCCGUUGUACUCCAGGGGGGUGAUGUCUCCAGGUCGCCACGUCCGCACGCGUCUUUACUUCACCAGCGAAAGUCACGUCCACUCCCUGCUCAGUGUUUUUCGAUAUGGAAAGCUUUUGGAUGAUGAAAAAGACCAGCAAUGGAAGCAGGCCAUGGACUACUUGAGUGCUGUAACAGAGCUCAACUAUAUGACCCAAAUAGUCAUUAUGCUGUAUGAAGACAACAACAAGGACCCUUCUUCAGAGGAGCGUUUCCAUGUGGAGCUGCACUUCAGCCCUGGGGUCAAAGGUUGCGAGGAUGAGGAAAAUGUCCCGCUCGGCUUCGGUUUCCGGCCGGCCUCCUCGGAGAAUCAGGACAAAAAGCCCAACCAGGGCAGCAUGGAGGAUCUGUCUCAGGACCAACCCGACCAGGCUCUUCUUAUUUCUGAACCCAUCAAUAUCCAGAGAAGGUCCCCCAUGAUCCGCAACCGCAAGACGGGCUCCAUGGAGGUCCUCUCUGAGACCUCACCCAGCCAGUCGUCCAAAGGCUGCACGCCGCACCGACUCUUCCCGUCGGGCUCACGCCAGUCGCCCGAGAUCAAAUCAGCGAGCGGCCUAGGCGUGCACUGCUCUGGCCUCUUCAGUGCCUCCAUGCUGGGGGUGUCCUGUAGCGCCCCCAACCUGCGGGACUACGUACGCACGCACCACCAUCACCACCGAAAACCCCCACUGUCCCCCGGUAGCCUGCCAUGCCAGAUUGGCAUGUUUGAGCUGUUGUCUAUGCCGCCAGUAAAGAGAUUUUCUGUGUCAUUUGCCAGGCAUCCGACUAAUGGUUUUGAAGGCUGCUCGAUGGUGCCCUCUAUCUACCCACUAGAGACACUGCACAACUUGCUCUCGCUGAAGCAGGUGGAUGAGUUUCUCAACUCUGUGUGUGAGAGCAGCAGUGAGGCCCACGCCAAGACCAUGAAGGCACUGUCGGGCCUCUUCGACUCUCAGAGCCAGACAUCUCUCUACAGUCCCCAGCAGCCGCUCUCCUUGUCGGGGUCCGAGGCGUCGCUGCAACAGCCGAGUCAGCCUCUGUGGCAUGGCAGCGUCCCCUCGAGCGCCGUGUCCAGCGCCGGACCGUCGUCGCCCAUCAUGGAGAGCUCGGGCCUCAACUUCAACUUUAGCGAGUAAACACACAAACACUUCACGUUCGACGCACUUUAUGAUCAUUUUUGACUGAGAAUUUGUCAUAGUCCAAAACCAACUGUGCCUUUAGCGUCUCCUGCUGCCUUUUUUUUUUAUUUUUGUUGUCAAAGAUUUAAAACAGGAAAGUUGAUUUUUUGUGUGUGUUUAGUUUUAGGCGAUUUAGCGCCAAAGUGUCAAAUGUUCAGAUUAGUUGAUUUAAAAAAUGUCCAUAUUGGGGAUGCAGGGUAUAAUUUGUGUGAUUUUCUAAUUGUUUUUCAUUUACAAUAUUUUCCGGACUAUAAGUCGGACUGCGAUUUAUACUCAGGUGCGACUUAUAUAAUGUUAAAAUACAGAAUUUUACACCUUCUGAAAUCUACUUGUCGAUUAUAGAGUAAACAUUACCCACAACCAGCCACAAGAGGGUGCUCUUGCCUUGUGAUGAAGAACCCAAGAAAUGUUAGCGCUUUUAUAUUAUUGACUAGAUUUUUAGAUAACCAAAGACAUACUAUAACGAUUACAAAGGAUUCGCGAUUUGUUGCAGUUUGAUUGAAUUUUUCAUUUGAAAUUUUUGAUUUUACAUGCCUCAGUUGCUUCCCAUAGUUUCUCAGGAGUGCUUCCUACUGUAUUAUAUACUUUACUACAGUGUAUUUUCCGUGCAUUCCUACGUUUGUUCCAAACAAACAAGUCAGCGAACGUUGUUGAUUUCCAUUGGAAAUAUAAGCAGGCUGGAGUUGUAUUCGUCCUGACUGUUUUUGACAAACGUUUAGAGAAAGUUAAAGCUACACAAAGUCGAUAUAAAAUCUGGACAGUCAUAAAAUGUUUCUGGAAACAUGUGAAGGAAAAUAUGUGGCCUGAGUAGAGAUACACGGAGGCUAGCUAGACAAGAACUAGUAACCGGAGCCGGGCGCUAAUGUAGAGAAUGGAAGCCACUACAGCUAAGCUAAGCUAACGGGACCAUUGGUCAGGUAAGUAUUAGCCAAAUCGAUUAGUGAAAGCCUGUUUACGCGAGGAAGGUUGAAGAAAGCUGUUGCUAGUUGCUAAGCUAAAAGCUGCUUAUGUCAGCACUAGCAGCAGCACUGUUAUUUGUGACUGAGUGUAACGUGGUGGCAACUGUUUAAUUCGUUUGAACUACUCUUCUGUUGAUGAAGUCAAAUGAAAGUUGCGUAUGUAACUACGGUUCUAUUUCAUCCCUGCGGACCUGGUUGCAGGUCCGUACAUUUUCUUUCUGCCAAACAUAUCACGAUAUUAGCUUAGAUGUUAUAAGAUAUAUGUAUAACUAGGCCUACACAUGCAGCUUAGGGUGGUGGUAGAUCGUCCCCCUCGAAACUCCUCUUUUUUUGUAUGGAACAUCUUUUGAGUUGUGGGCAUGGCUGACAGAGAUGUUUUGUGUAUCCUUAUGUGAGAAAUUCCUUCACACACCUAGGUGAAAAAAACCCUAUUGAAGAGUGUCCUACAAAAACAGGAGGCACUAAUGAGCUGUGCAGCCAAGCCCUUAUUCAAAACCGAAAUGAGUCUUCUAAUUGGGCCAAUUCGACCAAGUUUGCCAAAUUCCCUUGCUCCAUAAGCUGCCUAAGCACCUGGAGAGAUCUUCCUUUUAAUGGCGAACAAAGGGUCGUCACAGCAACGGACGGAGUGAUGUGGACAUGGCUCUUAAAAUGUAGUACUGUAUUACAAAAAGUCUUGUAACGACACUGACCAACUUGUAUGGGACAUGUAUAGGUAAAAUGUGUUACUCUAUGUUGCCACUAGUUGGUGCUGUAGGGUUGAUGCAAAUGGCCACUAUAGGACCCUUCAGAGUACGAUUCUCAUCUAGCAUAGGAGGUAUGGUGCCGAUAUGUUGUAUAUCUGCCAAUUUAUGACUGUUUAAAAUUUGUGGUUAGACAAAAUGGCAACUGUCCUUUUCACUUUCCCGUUUGGAUCUCUCUGCUUCAACGAAACCUCCUUUAAAAACGGGUGUUACUAGCUCCCAGCAGGGGGCGCAAGGCCUAAUAGGUAUUAUUUCAAUGCAGUCGAAUUCAGGCUGGGAUAACUCCUAUACAUGCCAGGUAUGAAAAAGAUUAAACCUUGCAUCAGUGAGGUAUUGGUCAUUUAUUGAAUUUGGCGUGUUGUUAAAAAAAAAAAAAGUCUCUGGCACACCGCCCAGGUCCGGCCUGUGAAUGAAAACUCACCAUUUUAAUGACUUUAGAUCUAAUAUGUCUCAUGAACAGUCUCACCAAUUUUCAGGAGGAUCCAACAAACGCCUUAGGCGCCAUUGUCUCAAAAGUGCACCCUGUAAAUCGCUAACAAUUUCACAUUCAAUCUAAAAUGCCCAGCAUCCUGUUGGGUUUGGGGUAUUGGUCCAAGAGACUUUUGGGUGCAGUUUUGCAUAGGCAUGUGCUGGUAUGAGAUUUUGAAGGUAUGAUAACCUUAAGCAAAAAUACCGCAGUUGCAUGGUAUCACGGUAUUGCAAUUAUAGCUCUAAAAUGUGUUAUUUUGAGAUGUAUGGGUUGAAGAAAUUUUUUUUCUUCCUUUGAACAGGAUUUUGUUUUUUAAACAUAUUUGCAAAUUGGAACAUCAACAUGAAUAUAAUGGUAAAACAAUAAAUAAAAUAACAAAUAUUUUAAAUAAAAUUGAAAUAAAUUGAACAUAGACUAAACCCAAAAAACAGAAGAGACACAUGAGACAGUGUGUAUGAUUCGUAUAGUUAUUUACACACUAUAACCACCCUCUCUCAACACACAAAGUCGCCAGAAAGAAAAAAAAAACACCACAGGCUGUAUCAUGAAAAUGUUAUUUUGAACAGGUGUUUACAAUGGCGGAAGACUUUACAGAAGUAGGCUAAAGGUAGAGAGGAAACUAGUUAGCCGUCUUGGCUAACUAACCACGUUCUCUGCCUCGUUAACAAGCUUACAUUAUACUAUUUGUUUUACGAUCGCUAGAAAAACUAAACCAGCUGGAGUGAACUCUCGUAGCUGGUGGGAAACGUUCAUGACCGUGUUUACUUAAUACUUACCUUAAAUUUUGUGUAAAGUGACGGAUGAUAGUCACGUAAAUGUGAAAUCACGUUGGAGCUGUUGCCCCCUGUCAAUCACCCACCGCAAGCAUGUUUUACUCAUGAGCUGUCCUUCCUCCUCUAAGCCGCGGCCGUCUGCUUCUUUUCGGUAGACGAAGUACUCCCAUACUAGUGACUUUGUCUUAUUUGGCGGGGGGGGGGGGCUCAGGUGUAGUUUCACCACCUUUAGCCAUUGUGUCUACUCUACAGCACAUCGACAGAGUAGUGCCACCGACAGAUACAGAACAGAACAACAACCGGAGGGUGAGGGGUGAGCACUGCCGCUCCAAGUCACGGAUUUCUCGCUUCAUUUUUGAGACAUAAAAAAUAGCUAAUACCGUACUACGGUACGUCGUAAAAUUUUUGUGGUUUUUAAACCAUGACGUUUUCAUCCCACAGUAAACCUUGAAACCGGUAACCAGCGCAUGCCUAGUUUUGCGCAAGGCAUUGACUCCCAAAUUUUUAUCGCUCUACGUUGAAAAAAAAACUAAUUAGAGAGGCCUUUUAGGAAAAUUCAAGGGGGCGAUGUUAAGCCAUUUUGUUACGGUUUUUAACAAGGUUGACAAAUGAUAGAAAUUUACGCCAAGCCACAUGUAUCUGCAAAUUUUGGUGAUUUCUCGAGCAUGUUAAACCGUGGAUCAGGGAGCUAUUGGUCACUUACUGAAUUUGGCGUAUUGCCCAAAAAAAAGGCCUACUUUGGCACCCUGCCCAGGUCCGGCCUGUGAAUGAAAACUUAACCAUUUUGAUAACUUAAGAACUCAUAUGUCUCAUGAACAGUCUUACCAAUUUUGAGGAGGAUCCAACAAACUCCCUAGGCGCCAAUGUCUCAAAAGUGCACCCAGUAAAUCGCUAACAAUUUCCCAUUCAAUCCAAAAUGCCUGACAUCCUGUUGGAUUUGGGGUAUAGGUCCAAGAGACAUUUUGGUGCAUUUUUGCACAACGUAUUGACUCCCCAAGUUUCAUCGCUCUACCAAGGCCUUUUUGACAAAUUCAAGGGGGCGAUGUUGAGCUAUUUUUGUGACGGUUUUUAACAUGGUUGACAAAUUAUAGAAAUUUACGGAACUUUGUGUUUAUCGUUUGGGUGUCGUGGGGGGUUAUAGGUUAUGAGAACUUCUUCUUUGGUAUUAUUACUCACACUGCACAUGCACGAAGGGUUUAUACAUUGCUUACAGCACCGCCUCUGGUGGUCAGCAGGGAUGAAAUAGCACUAGUGACUGCCUUUGAGCUACUUGGCAGCAAAUGGCGGACUUGACGGUACAUUUUCCUCCCAAAAUUCGACUUUUAUGCCGGUGCGACUUAUCAAUGUUUUUCUCCGUGUCUGGUGAAUUUUUUGACUAGUUCGACUUGUAAUCCUAAGCGACUAAUAGUCCGGAAAAUACUGUACAUUAGUAGAGAUGUUUUGUUUUCCAUGAAUCAAAUGUGAUUUAUUUUUCAUACGACCAGUUGAAAAAAAGGUUGAUGCACUGAUGGUGCCAGAAAAAAAUGUUCCAACUUUUGGACAAAUUUUGAACCACUUUUCAAAUUUUACUGUUAGCACUCUUCUAGAACAAAUGUUUAAAGUCUGCCUUUUUGAUUUGUACUGCACUGAUUAAUUAUGCAGGUUGUUUUGUGUAUAUCAUUUAUGAUUUGUGCUUUUUUUUUUUUACAUUGACGGACAUAGACGUCCAAUCAUGUGGUUCUUAUCGUCAUUUCUGCUGUGAAUUGAAAUGAGUUCAUCAUUUGUAGACUGCCAACCCUCCCACUUCACAUGGAUUGGACGUCUAUAUCUGUCAAUGGCAGCCAACCAAAGUAUUACCCAACCAAAACGGGCAAAUAAAAAUACUCCAAAUUGCAAGUUCUGUCUUUUGUUUGAGUUCACGAUAACCUUUAACGGAUGUCAUGAUGAGUUUUGCCUAGCAACAAAUGUCAAAAGUCAAAUUUCAUCCGUUUUCCUCUCUUCGCUUCUUCGUUUCAUCCAUUUGUUCACCUUGUUCCCGUCCUCCACCUUUCUGCCUUUCAUAAAACGCUUUUAAGAAAAUUGAUGAGUCAUGCCCGGCCUUAUUGCUCCGGUGCGUUGCCAUGGUGACGCCCUCACAUGUAAUUGACUCCGAAAGCGCUCGCUCACAGGCUGCCGACUCGCCGGAAGCCCCCCCCCAAAAGAGAUGGCAUUUUGUACUGUGCUACUGUGUCACAAGUACGCAAAGAAACACACCGCCAAUUAGUUUUAAU